AUGGUGGGCUAUAAUAUCGUCAACCAAGUGGUGAUGAAGACUAAAUUUACUGUUAUUUUGACUUCCAGCGGAGACCGAGUGGAGGUGAUGGUGGGCAAAGACAAAGGCAAGCAGGGCAUCAUCACACAGGUCAUACAGGAGAGGAACUGGGUCAUCGUAGAAGGCCUCAAUACUCAUCUGAGGACUGUGGGCAAAGAUAAGAAUUUUCCCGGCGUGGUGAUCCAGUCCGAAGCGCCUCUACUGGUCACGACGGGAGUCAAACUGGUGGACCCCGAGACUUUGAAGCCCACGGAGAUUGAGUGGCGGUACACGGAAGAGGGAGACAAGGUGCGAGUGUCAAAAGCCAGUAGCAGAAUAAUCCCCAUCCCGAAGGCAGCCGAAGAGACCAUCGACUACAAAAGCAAAGAGGUGUACAUAGAGAAUGAAAAGAAAGAUACGAAAGCUGAUGUCAUAGCAAAGAUAACUUUCGCGCCAAAACUCAACACCUUCGAGAUGGAUAUCAUGGAAGAAAUGGGCAUCAAGGAGGACAGAGUUCCCGCCAAAUCGUACUGGUACUAGGUUAUUGUAGAUAAAGUUAAAAUUAUUAUUGUAAUGUGAUUCUGUUUCAAAAUAUAGCUUUUUAUUGUA